AUGGUUAAGCUCAGUUAUUUUCUCUUAAUUCUUUGCACCAUCGUGGCUGCAGGAAAUGCUAAUCUCAUCACCCCAUGCACUGUACUCAGCGGUACUUAUUCACAAGCCUAUUCCAGAGAAUUUGUCUCUCAAAAACUCACGGAUAGACCCGGACAUGUCGCAAAUAUCGUAUUCGAAACGAAAAUUCCUGGGUUUAAUCCUGAUUCGAGUGGCAUUUUUACAAACGUUCAAUGCUGCUCUGAUGAGAUUAUUUUAACCUCAAAGAGCUCCUUAAAAGAGAUUUCAAAUUGGCCACCAAGAGUUAUUCUCUGGGUUAGUCAUAUGUGGACUUGUAAUGGAAAGAAAACAAACCAGUUUUUUAUUGUAGGAAAUUCGGUAAUUGAUGAGGAGGAAGGAACAGCAAAAUUUGCUCAUCCGCAAAUUAUUGAUAUCUCAAAAUACGCAAAUAUUAUGACCUUGGAUAUUGAAUAUAUUACUCCAUGUUCUAGAUCUUGUUAUAGAUCUAAACGCCAUGAAAGCCGUCAUGAAAAUCUAACUCGUCGCGAUAUUGACAACGAGUUAGCUUUAAACUUAAAUGUUUGGUAUGAUCCUAUCAAUGAACGUUCCUCACAACCAAAUUUCCUAAUUGCUUCAUCAUCAGAACAACAAGGCAUAGUUACUACUUCUGUAAAUUUGCUUUGCGCUAAUUGUUAUGCGACCGGUAAAACAACUGUGGGUCUUCACGUUAAAACUAAUUUCGUUGGUCUACCCGCAACGGUCACACUCUCGUUAUAUGGAGAUUUCAAGGUUAAUCUCGAUUUUGCAUUGAAAGGGCAUAUCGGAGUCGCAAAAAAAUUUCCAGAUGUACCGCUUGUAUCAGUCGGAAUACCCGGAUUAUCGAUACCCGCUCUUUUCAAUAUAGGACCCGAGGUGGCACUUUUAGCUUCCGCAAAGAUUGAUGUUGGUGUCGACACUGUUUUAUCAUUCGGAGCAGAUGUUACAUCAACCAUUGACUAUUCAAUAGAACUUAUUGGUAAAGGUGUUGGAAAGAAGGAAUUUAACAUUAAUUCAACUGUACAUCCUCCUCCUGAUGCAAAUCUUACGGGAACGGUAGAUGUAGCUGCAUCUUUAAAGCCACAAAUAAGUAUAGGGAUUAGUGUUCUUAGUGGAUUAUUAAACUACCGCGCUGGUAUUAACUUUGUUACAACCUUGGACAGCAAAUUGAGUAUUGGAUCAUGUGAAAAGCCUAUUUCCCCGAAGAUUAAAAUUUCGCUCGAAGAAGUAAUUGAAGGCUUCUAUGGAUCGAACAAAGUUCCCAUAUAUACCUUUCCUUCGAAUGUAUUAUUGGAGAAAUGCCUGAUAUAG